AUGAACGUUGGUGGCGGCAAACGAGGAACUGGGUUGCUCCACGAUCGCAUAAUUAUACUUAAGAUUCUUGAGCCGCUGACACUCGGCCGUCAAUGUCUGCAGAGUGGAGUCUGGGCCCUGUUCAAUUUUGGAGAGCAGAGGCGUCCGGGUUUCAGCAUCACGAGCGUCGCUCUGGUGCCGAACUGUUAUCCACUGUCGGCCCCUGCUGGUCUGUUCACCCUGCUUGAUGGUAACACUUUCUUUGCCAAGUUCGAUCUGGUUGAUGCGCACUUGCAGGUCGCAGUCGCUCCAGUGUCGCGCGAAUUGCUGACGAUAAAUAUACACCGCGCUCUGCUCCAGUACAGUAGGCUGCCUUUUGGUGUCGAGAUCGCUCCGGUCCUGUUCCAAUAA